AUGACGGCGUUGAUCGUGGCCUUCAUGAACUUUGACAUUCGUUCAAACAUCGGAGGUCAUGGUGUUGCCGCCAUUUUUCGCAACAGCUCCAGUCCUACUGUGCUCUCACGCGCCGACAUGGAUGCCCUUCCUAUUGAAGAACGAACCGGCCUUGUCUACGCCAGUACGAAACGAGUCGUUGACCUUCACGGUCGAGAGCAACCGGUGAUGCACGCAUGUGGCCACGAUAGGCAUAUCACCUGUCUCCUGGCGUAUGCCGAACUCAUGGUCUCUGCUAGAUACCAAUGGCAUGGUACCAUUGUCCUUGUCUUUCAACCUGCUGAAGAGCGUGGUACCGGUGCGCAAAGCAUGGUGGACGACGGGCUGUACGAUCCCAAUCGACACAAUGUUCCUAUUCCUGAUGUAGUUUUCAGCGGCCACGUCGUUCCCGCGCGUGCCGGGGUCAUCGGUGUCCGCCCCGGUACGAUGGCCAGCUCUUGCGAUAAUCUGCGCGUCAUGUUCCACGGUCGUGGUGGACAUGCGUCUAUGCCGGAGCGUCUUGUGGAUCCCAUCGUCAUGGCAUCCUGCGCCGUCCUGAGGCUUCAGACUCUUGUUUCCCGUGAAAUUCAUCCCAGCGAGCACGCAGUGGUUACAUGUGCAAGCUUCAUUUCUGGCACUUCUGCGGAAAAUGUUGUCAGCGACGAUGCGACGAUCACCAUUGACAUUCGUGCUAACGACCAGAAUACGAGGCAGAAGUUAUACGAUGGGGUCCUAAGAAUCGUGCAAGCCAAAAGCACUGCAUCCAAUGCUGUCGCCGCACCCACGAUUGUCCCAACCCGUACCUUUCCCGUGACCGUCAACGACGCCAUGGUUACUGCACGGGUGGGGGAGGCUUUCUGCGAUCAUUUUGGCCCUAGUGAUCACAGUUAUGUUGCAGACUACCCCCGGCUCAGUUUCAGCGAAGACUUUUGUAUUCUCGCGUCCGCUGUUGAAAAGCCUUCCCUACUAUUCGCCUAUGGUUGUACCGCACCCGACAAAGUUGAUCAAGCGCAAAAAGAAUUGGACGAGAGCAUACCAGGCAAUCAUAGUUCUCUCUUUGCCCCGCAGACUUUUCCUACGAUGAAAAUAGGCAUAGACGCGUACGCUGUAAGCGCUCUGGCUUGGUUAUCAAAUGAUCAGGUAAAUGAGUAG